CACGUGACGUAGUUCCCGAUUGAUUAUUUUGACCUUCACGAGGACUGGUAGUUUAAUCUGACGCGUGCAUGAUUUCAUUCGAACGCACAACGCACAUGUCUGAAGACCUUGUUCACGACGUAAUGUGGUUUACGUAAAAUCUCCUGUAUUCCGCACUGUGGACGCACUUCUCGGAUCCGAAGCCGCGGGGGGAAAAAAACUAUUGACGAAGAUACUUCGAAGUUACGGUAAAUGUUCAAAAUGGCGGACAACACGUUAGAACACCUUGUCCUCAGGAGCUCCUCCGGGGUUUCUCUCAAUGACCGCUUCUCGAAGGUUCUUGAGGCCCCGGCCCCAGGUGAGGUGAAGCUUGAGCCCCUCGUGGACGACCUGUGCUUGGACGACGAGGUCCGGACUGUCCUGCUCAGGAAGACCGGACCGCAGCAGCGGCCGACCAGGGGGGCCCCCCCCGGGGCCCAGCGAGGGGGGGGCCCCCGGCCCCGCGUGCUGACCCGCGGCCGCCGACGCCCCGGGGGGCUGGGGGCCCCCCUGGGCUCGGCGGCGCUGGAGGACCGGGUCCUGGGGGGGCGGCGGUGCCCCUGCGCCCUCUGGGGGCUGCGGCUCGGCUGGGCCGGGGAGGUGCUCGGGGCGCGGGCGAUCCGGAGGGCCGGCUACACCCCCAACCCACUGAGACGGCGCUGGCUAACCAUGGUAACCACGGGAACGACCAGCGUACCGGUCCAGACUAACACCUGGACCAGCACCAACCCCACACCGGUCCGGACUAACGCCUGGCAACCCGCCCCCAAACAAGGCUGGAAGGCCCAGUUCAGGAGGAAGGUCCCCAGUAAGGAGGUGCUGGACCAGCAGCUGGACGACUACAUGUCCAAGUCCAAGAGGUACCUGGAUGCCCAGCUGGACGCCUACAUGGCCCAGGCCGGAGACCGGCACGCGGACGAUGAAGACGACGACGACAGGAAGCUGUACGACAGCGACUGCGCUGAGUAAACCCGGUCCGGGGGCGUGUCUUAGCUGGAGGUUUAUUUUAUAGAGCGCUUUAUGUUUUAACGUUGACCCAUUCAGUGUCUGUGUGGUUGUUUUGUCUUUUUACUCAAGAGUCCAGUUUCACCAGCAGAUGUUUUUUAGUUGGCAGAUGUUUUAUGUCAAAUGUCGGGUUUGUGUCGUUGUGUUGUGAUCUUCUCUGUGUUUAGGUUUAAUUAAAGGAGGCUGUGGCCCAAUCGAUUGAG